GAGAAAAUGGCGGCAGCGUCGUUGAACCCUUUUUGAGACGGGCGGGUCCGCACGAAAGGACUCGUCUGAGGGUAACACACCUGUUGACGAGCGAGUGACGGAGACGGAACCAAGCGGAGGGGCGGGCCGCAAACGAUCGCUGCCGUUCCUCCCGGUCGAAAUGGAUUGGUCCUCCGUUGCCGUCAAUCGCCGUCGAUGAGUUAAAAGAGGAGGAAAAGGGGAAAAGAGGAGGAAAAGGGGAAGAGAAAAGAAAAAGAACAAAUAGGAGGUGAAGAAGAAAACGCAGAGGGAAAGAGUAGAGGGGAAAGAAUAGGAAGAAGAAGGAGGUGGUAGUGGUUGGUUGGAGUGUGAGCAAGAAAGGAUGAAGUGGAGAAAGGAGGAGGAAAAUGAUGAAGCCCCCCGCCCACCUCCCUUCUCCUUGUCAGGAUCAAUGGCUGCAAAGAGAAAGAAGAAGCAAGCCAGAGAAUCUGUAGAAGGAUGACAGGACUCAUUACCUUUGUGUGUGUACGAGCUGGGACAGUGUUGUCUAAAGGUCAGCAACAACACAUCAGUGCCCACAGCACACUGCCACUAAAUGCGAAGCGCUUAACCCACCGAGCGCUAGCAUUAGUGGCUACAUACAAAGCAGGAAGCUGUCAAAAGGAGCCAACUGCUCUUUGCAUGGAAACAAUAAAACAUGAUAGUAACUCGAGCGCUAAAUACUACCUCUGCGAUAGUGAACCGUAUCACAAUUGAUGAUGAUACAACAUUGGCUACCAGAUUAACACAAUAAACACAUGCUAAUGCUAACGUACUAAAAGUGCUCUUGACAGCUCACGUGCAACAUGUCACUUUGUGAGCAAAAAGCCCCAACUGCUCAUUCCUCCCAUUCUCCUUUUGAACGCUCCUACGAACAAUAAACCUGCUAAUGAACCCACCCACACAAAAAAAUAAAACGGUAGCAUUCUGAUGCUAAAAAAUGUGAUUAGCUGUUGUUUGUUGCUGAAGCUGUUGCUAUUUUCUUGCUUCUUGUUGACAUUUGAGUUGAUGUAUUUUCUUGUUUUCUCCUGAGCUUUUCCGUUUGUUUUCUUGACCUUUUGUCUUUUUUUUUUUUUGCGCGCUGUAGCGGGCUAACGUCUUGUCUGUCCGCCGCCAAAACAAAUGUGCUCAUUAGCGCCUUCCGGUGUCACGCCGCCUGUCAAACAGCCAAAGCCCCCCACCACCACCACCGCGCCAAAACCUUUAUGCCGCCGCGGUCAUUAGCACGUUAGCGUUCAUCGCUAAAACCAGCUGUCAAUUAGGAGCAGUAGCUUUUUGUUGUCCAAACGCUCGUUCAAUGGUGUCAUUUGUUUCCACGCAUACACAACGUGACUUGCUUUUAGGACAAACAGCAGUUAAACAGUAUUAAUUGGACUAAUAUUUCAUCAUAUUUACUGAACUGAUCUAGGGUUAAGGUAAGGUUAGAAAGGUUGAUUGAUACGAAUGACGCCCGAUAGUCCAAAAAUGACACAAAUUGAUUUCUUUUGCAUUUUAUGAUACAAUCGAAACAUAAAAUGUAUUUGAAACAUUUUUGAUGCUGGAACAUGCUGUCAUUAAAUCAUUUCUAAAAAGAAACAGGCAAAUUGUUCGUUCAUGUUUAUUGGAAACAACAAUAACAUUGAUAAUAACUGUAGUGCUACUGUUAGAACACAACAUUGAUGACAUCUUGUUCAGUUUGCUAGUGGUUGAAAAAGGAGCACAGUGACAUGGCAUGAUUUCAAGUAAACAGUCCAUGUGAUAUGAUUUUUUUCUUGGGUUGCUACAGUUUGCAUAUAUUUUCAUAACAUUUCAUUCUUUUUCAAAAAUGGCAUUGCAAUUGCAUAACAAAGACAGCACUCGCAGCCGUUUGUCAUCACGUUAGCACCAAUGAAACAUUAUUCAAAAAAUAUUGACCUUUAAAUGGAAAUUUUGUGCAUCCACACUCAUCUCAAUGAAUGAAUGAAUAUGAUAAAGGGUUAGCGAGCGAGCUAGCAGACAAAUAAAAUAAAUGGGCGCUUUUCAUUUCAUGUCAAAAUAUCUCCAUUAUAUAUCUUGUGUUUCAAAAAAGAAGUCACCGCGAAUAACAAAACAGUUGCUGGCUUGUUCACAAAGAAUAGACAAAUCCCUCCAUUUUUAAGAUUCUUUUCACAAGUAACGCGUCCUUCGACGGCCUACCAUCCGUCUACGUCAACGAUAAAAGGUUCUUUGACGGCGAUGCGUCCGCUGUUGACCACGACGCACUCGGCGUACGGCAGGUUUCUUUCGUUGGUGUCUUGUAGCUCGACGGUGUGCACCACAGACUAAGACGUUGUGUUCGCGUUAUUAUGAUUGGUAAUAUAAGACAUUAUUACUUGUGUGUUUUGACGUACCAUGCCGUCCAAGACUUUUCCAAAAACCACGUGUUUCCCAUCCAGCCACGGCGCUCUGGUGGCCAGAAUGAAGAACUGCGAGCCGUUGGUGUCAGCGCCGGCAUUGGCCAUACUGACCUAAAAUUUCAAUCCAAAUCUCUGAAAUAUCCAAUGACCAUUUUAUUUUGCAUCUUGAGGUACCGCUGUAUAUGAAGUAUUAGUAAGAAGUUAGUAUGCAAAAUGUCCUCCAAAGCUUUUUUCUAUUGUUAGAUGCUAUUUUAGCCUUUGACAGUUCCUGAUGGUGCCUAAAUGCCAACAUUUUAACAUUAAAACAAUGUAUGAAUUAAAAAAAAAAAAAAAACAUGACAUACCCAUCCAGCUGAGCUGUGUUUCAAUUUAAAGUUUUCAUCCGGAAAUGUCGUCCCGUAGAUACUGUGACCUGGAAAAGCACAAGCAUGUAGCUUACUAUGAGCAUUAUAGUGUGUUGACCAUAAAUGUGACUCCGACUAGACCAUUUUUUUUGGUCUUGACAUGGCCUUGUCCAAGUAUCAGGUCAAUCAGUCUCUCAUGGAGGCACUUUCUAACAUAAUAGUGACGGUCCUCUACUCUGCUCGAAAUAGGCAAAAUACUUGUUCGUGAAUGGCGGAGAGAGGAGGUAUCCACUUUUCCGGGCCAAAAUCGGGCCGAAAUGGUGUAGUCUGAGUCAGGCAUCAAGAGUCGGCGGUGGUACCUCCAGUCCCGUCUCCUGCGGUGAAGUCACCUCCUUGGAUCAUAAAGUCUUUGAUCACGCGAUGGAAUUUUGUGCCUUUGUAGCCGUAGCCUUUCUGCACAAAAACACACGCUCGGAACAUCACCUUGAAUAGGGUUUGCCGCCUUACCUCUCCGGUAGCCAGGGCAACAAAGUUAUUGACGGUGAGGGGGACCACCUCCCCGAAGAGACCGAUGACGAUGCGGCCCACCUCGUGACCCGCCACGGUGAUGUCAAAAAACACCUGUAUACACACGCAUCAUUUCUGCCAAUCAAUCAUAGCCACCAAAAGUGAGUAGACAAAUCAUUCUCAUAAAUAAUUGCUUCUGGGGGGAAAAAAUCCAAUUGAAUUCACGCAAUAUCAUGCAAAAAAGAUCACAAAACAUUUACAAAGAUAUUAUAAUGAUUUAAAAGACGUAUUGGGUAUAUGUGAUUUUCUCCUUUUCAAUGAUGAAAUCGUAAUCGCCGCUGUCAGUUCCAUAGAAGAAGAUGACUGCGUCGCUUGUGUUCGGAACUAGUCAGGCCUACGCGAACCACGUGACCGCUCGUGAUCUAAACCAAAACAGGUCACGGCCCGUGAGAUGGUGGGAAUGCCUGCGGAUGGUCGCACGUGUGGAGGAGCUGCGUCAUAUGCGCACCACCGACAGAGAACGUGCUAACAACACGAACGUCCAAAUACCUUGUCGGUGACUUUGGGUCCGUUCAGCCCGCUCCGUGACGCCGCCGCGGCGUCUAGAAGCAGGAGGAGCAGCAGCGGCUGAAGCACCGAGCGAGGCUCCAUCUGGUUCUGGUUCCGGAGAGGAAGAAUCACCGCAGCGGGGCUCAGCUGGGAAGAUGACCGGGAAGCACACGGCGUCAAUGCCGGACACGUCAUCAGGAGUGCCCCCCUCCCCUUCCUAUCCUUUCCUCACCACGAGAAAAAGGAAAUCUAGAGAGACCGAACAAGGAUCGUUGUCAAAAAGCAACCACAUGACGUGACAAAUGGAGACGCACGGGACACAUCAUCGUCUUCCUCCUCCUCCUCCUCCUCCUCUUCUUCUUUGGGGUCGGGGAGCGAGAGAAAGAGACAGAGUGUGAGCGAGUGUUCCUCCAUGAAGAAGAACAAUCCAGGUCGGACGUCCGCGCUCCUCAGCCUCACCGCGCGCACCGACGAGGCGGUGCCAUGCUGAAGCCGGGCGAGGCGGCGGCAGCCGCCGCCGCGUCGGCCUUCCUCAAAGUAGACGCGUCUUCGUACCUGCAUCACUGGCAGCAGCUCUUCCCGCACACACCGCUCAAGCCUCCCCUACCGUCACCUUCGGGCCCCCCGCAUUGCACUUCCUCGACGGGGGCUGCCGUCCUUGCCUCCUCCUCCUCCUCCUCUGCGGCGGCGGCGGCUCAGUUUCCUCUCGGCCAACACGUGGCGCUCUACGGGCAGGCCCUGGUCCCGGCGGGCCCCGGUGGGGACGCGCACCCCGCCGAGAACCCCGCGGCGGGACGCCUCCUGCAGGUGAAGGAGCAGAGCGUCGGGGUGGUGUCGUCUAGCGUCAAGAGCGGCGGCGAGGAAGGCGGGAAGACCGCACAGCAGGCGGGGGGCAGAAUCAAGCUAACCGCCGAGGAGCUGGACUACUUCUUGUAUGGACAACAGAGGAUGGAGAUCAUACCCAUCAACAGCCACAACGCGGACGUCAACAACCGCUGCGACAUGUGUGCGGACAACCGCAACGGCGAGUGUCCCAUGCACGGACCGCUUCAUUCCCUGCGGAGGUUGGUGGGCACCAGCAGCGCCGCCCCGGCCACCCUCGCUCUCCCCGAUGUUCCCGACUGGCUCAGAGAUCUUCCGCGAGAGGUGUGUCUCUGCACCAGCACGCUUCCCGGCCUCGGCUACGGAAUCUGCGCCGCCCAGAGAAUCCCCCAGGGUACCUGGAUCGGACCUUUCCAGGGUACCCCCCUCAUGCUGGACAAAGUCCGUUGCGGAUCCUCCAGGAACACGCGGCACUUGUGGGAGAUCUACGACUCGGAGGGAACGUUGUGUCACUUUCUCGAUGGCAACGAUCCGGCUAAGUCCAGCUGGAUGAGGUACAUCCGAUGCGCCCGACACUGCGGAGAGCAGAACAUGAUGGUCGUUCAGUACAGGUCUAGCAUCUUCUACCGGGCAUGCCUGGACAUCCCUCGUGGAAGCGAGCUUCUGGUGUGGUACAACGACUCGUACACGUCCUUCUUUGGAAUUCCGCUGCAGUGCGUCGCUCAGGACGAAAACCUGAACGUCCCGACGUCCGUUUCAGAGGUGAUGUCUCGCCAGGAGUCCUUGCAACAGCAGCAAUCCUUCGGCAAGAGCGGCAAAGCGUGUUCGACGGCGACGUCUUUGUCGUCGUCCGUGCGCUCCAUGGUGUUUCCCCAGGCGUCGUGCGGCAGAAGUUUCUCCGCGCUGGACAAGAACGUGGCGCCGUUCUCGUCGUCCGAGUCGUCCUUCGGCCAGCUGUCCUCCAAGAACCAAAGAGUCCUGGCUAGUCCCACGUCCACCAGCCAGCUCAACAGCGAGUUCAGCGACUGGCAUUUGUGGAAGUGCGGACAAUGCUUCAAGACGUUCACGCAGAGGAUUUUGCUACAGAUGCACGUCUGCCCGCAGAACCCCGACAGGCCGUACCAGUGCGGCCACUGCUCGCUGUCCUUCUCGCAGCCGUCAGAGCUGCGCAACCACGUGGUGACGCACUCCAGCGACAGGCCCUUCAAGUGCGGCUACUGCGGCCGCGCCUUUGCCGGCGCCACCACGCUCAACAACCACAUACGCACGCACACCGGGGAGAAGCCCUUCAAAUGCGAGCGUUGCGAUCGUAGUUUCACUCAGGCCACGCAGCUGAGCCGUCACCAGAGAUUACCCAACGAAUGUAAACCUAACGGCGAAGGAUCGGCGGCGGGAGAGUCCAUAGAGGUGGACUAGACGCGGCGGAUCCACCCCGUUCUUCGCAUCCUCUCUUCAUCGCUGCCUUUUCUACCGUUGCGCACGUCCGACAAGAUGCUCAUUCACUGCUCACGGGGCUAACGAACGACCACGGAGCUACCAAAGUGAAAUCUUCGGCCGUUCUACGAAACCUUCCAAAGCGGUACUGAGGUUUUACCAAACCACGACCGAAGGUCGACCAGGGUUCUAUCAAUGUUGUACCAAAGCUCUGCCAGACUACUACCAAAGAUCCACAACUUCCAUUCCUGCAAAAAUCUUCCAAAGUUCCAUGAUACUUCUUGUUAGAGUAAAAAUGAAUGAUCGAUUGGAAAUGAAUUUUUUGCCCACAGGGGGACUGUUCGAGUUAAAUAAAAUUGCGUCUGAUCUGAAUAAUUUUUACUCUAACAUUCUUCAGACUUCCUUCCUGAACUGUACUACCAAAGUACCAGUACUGUUGUUAGGUUCCACAACUUAAUACCAAAGUUGUACUUCAGUUCUAAAAGUGUUAUACCAAAGUUGAAAUGUUUUGCCAAAGUUCUAAAGAAAAUCUCCUGAUCUUCUACCAAAGGUCUUCAUCGACAGAACUUCUAUUGUACUUAUGUAAUUGUUCCAUUGCAAAAUUCGGCUAAUACCAAGAGAAAAAAAAAAGAAAAAAAAGCUUUCUCCUGAAAUGCCUUUUGGUUUUCUCAAGUUCCAACGACAUUCUUUCCAAAACUCUUGUUCAUUUUCCACCAAAGUUCUACUAACAUUCCACGGAUGUUCUACCAAAGUUCCCGUUCGUUCGGGGAUCUGUAGAGGAGCAGCUUGAAAGCAAACGUGACUUUAUAUUAAAGGCGCCUUCUUGUUAUAUGGAGGUUGACCGACCGCAGCUGUGGAUUUCCCAAACCCGACGAAAGAAGGUUGAACACCUCCUCGAGGCAAACCAAAGAUAGUUGGUGGACGUUUCACAAAGUCGAGAAGAAAAUGACCAUCAAAAAAAUAAACACAGAAAAAAAUAUUUAUCUUACGGCAGCACUUUGACUUUUGUUAUUUAACUUUUUCUGCAUUCUUCACUUCAUGCGUGACCAAAGACGUAAUCAUCCAAUGUUUUGAUUUUUUGGAGUGUAUGUGUGUUUUGUUUUGUUUAAUUUAACCACGUAGGAGCAGUCUCACUUGACAAACCCAAGCCACUUUUUUCCCAUCGAUACUAACACUUGUUGGAUUAAAUUGAACAGGAAGUGUCUGCUGAUUGAUUGACGAUGAAAAAACAAACAUUUUUGUUUUGCUGAAGUUUGCAUGAUUUGAAAAAUACCUGACCUGAAGAAGAAAUGGAGAAAGUCCAUUUUGUCAACUCAUGAAUGUUAAUCUUUCAUUUGUGACAAUAAUACAAGUGUAAAAUGCAUGUUUUCAUCAUUUGAGAGUUCCCUGGUGCGUUAAUAAAAGUUGGUCAAUAAAAUUUGGA